CUCCGGGGGCGGUGCCUCGGGCCUCGUGGCGCGGGAAUGGAGGCGCAGCUGGAGGUGAUGGAGCAGCUGGAGAACCUGGCCGUGGGGCCGGGCGAGCUGCGGCGAGCCGACCAGGAGGAGAUGUCGGGCCCUACGGAGAGCGGUGGGGAAGUCCAGGCCCCUCUGCCCCCAGCCGCGGGAAUGGAGGCGCAGCGGGAGGUGAUGGAGCAGCCGGAGGUGAUGGAGCAGCUGGAGAACCUGGCCGCGGGGCCGGGCGGGCAGCUGUCGGUCGCCCAGGAGAAGGUGUCGGGUCCUGCGGAGGGCGGUGGGGAAGCCCAGGACCCUCUGCCCCCGGCCGCGGGAUCGCGCCGGUCGCCGCCGCCCGCUUGGCCCGGCGCGCCCGCCGCCGCCGUGCCCUCGUCGGCCUCGGACAGUGAUACAGAUUCAGAUAGUUCAUCAACUACACUCUUCUCUUCAUCUUCAGCAGUAUCUGAUGAAGAUGAGUAUCCAAAUGAGAAGGAUAACAGAUCUUACUGUGUUAGGACAAAGGAUGAGGUUCCUAUUGAUAAACUGCCUCCUGUUGAAGACUUAUCAAUAAUUCUUCCAGAUAAUGUUGAACUAAAGAUCUUUGGGACAGUUUCCAGCAUCAUUGAGCAACUCGUAAUAAUUGAAUCAUUGAGAGGCCUACCUCCAGUAAAUGAGGAAAGCAUAAUUUUUAAAGAAGAUCGGCAAGCAGCAGGAAAGAUAUUUGAGAUAUUUGGUCCUGUUUCACAUCCUUUUUAUGUGAUGAGAUUUAACAGCUCUGAGCAUAUCAAAGAGAAAGGUAUUAAUGUGCAAGAUAGCAUGUAUUUUGCUCCAUCAGUGGAGGACUUCACCCAGUAUAUAUUUGCAGAAAAACUAAAACAGGAAAAAGGUUCAGAUGCGUCUUGGAAGAAUGACCAAGAACCACCACCUGACGUUUUGGAUUUCAGUGAUGAUGAAAAAGAAAGAGAGGCAAAACAGAAGAAAAAGAAGCCUCAAAGUCAAGGAAGAAAGAAAGUCAGAUCAGAAAAACUUCCAUCAAGUGAGAAUAAAGAACUUCAUCAGUCAGUGCAACAGCCUGCUUCAAGUUAUUCAAGGGGAUGCCGUGGCAGAGGGUUCUCCUGGGAUCUAUUUCCUUCUCCAUCAGGUCCUCAAGGGUUUUUCAGACCAAGAGUAAGACCACCACAGCUAUACUCUUCAGACAGGAGGAUAUACCAGGAAUCACCAGUUUUCCCACCGCCUCAUAGAAGAGAAAAUCCAAUGAUGCAACAGUAUGCCUUUCCUCCUCCAAAUUUUGGUUAUGGCAGUAAUGGGCAGCAGUUCCACCCUCCGCCCUCAAAUAUGCCAAUGAUGUGGACAGGCUCAAACAUGUACAAUUCAUCCUACUCAUUUCUGCCGCCACCACCACCGCCGCCUCCUCCAGACAGCCAUCCUCCUCAGUUCAGGCCUUACUGAGAUUCUCUACGUGUCCAUGUGGAGCACUGCCAUUUACAGGGAGAAAGAACAGCCUGCCGGGACUGCGUUCCCUUAUUUUGGAGAUGCUUGCUUUUACUGCAGUGGUAGAACAAAAGCAGAGUUUUGUGCUUUGUGGGACAUCUGUAGAAAAUUAUUUUUUUCUAUGUAUGUUUCUGUUUCCAAAAAGAAAUUUAUAUGAUAAAAGUAUAACUGAUUAUUAAGUAAUGGUUUAUUUUUAUAAUAUCUGCUACUUUCAGAUGAUAAAUAAAAACCUUUUAGAGACUGGUA